UAAAGUCUGUCAAGAGUGAAUAUAAGUGUGUUAGUCUUCAAACACAAGCUGGAUUCCUUCAUGUGCGGAUCACAAGUGAAUGUUCAGAUAUGAAGACGUCUCGUGUUCUGCUGUUUGUUUUCAUUUGUUUGUUUGUUUGGUUACAGCCGUCCAGUCAAACAGACUCCGGCUCUUUUCUGAUCUACAACAAGGAUCACAACAAAUGUGUGAAUGUGGUCACUGCCAAUGUGGUGCAGACGGCAGCGUGUGAUGUCUCUUCUGACGCUCAGCGUUUCCGAUGGGUUUCAUCUUCAAGAAUCAUCAGCGUCUCUCUUAAACUCUGCUUGGGAGCUCAAGACAUCAAAGACUGGAUGAAGAUUAUUCUUCUGCCCUGUACAGAACACAGUCCUCUACAGACCUGGGAAUGUAAGAACGAGACCUUGUUUGGAUUAAAAGAUCAAGCGUUACACCUGAACUACGGCAAUCGACAGGAGCCAAAUAUGAUGCUGUUUAGUGGAAGUGGCGGUUGGAGUCACUGGCAGAUUUAUGGGAGUCAAGACGAUCUGUGUUCUCAUGGAUAUCAAGAGAUUUAUACUCUGGCUGGGAAUUCAUUUGGAAAACCAUGUCAGUUCCCAUUUAAGUUUAAUGAUAAGUGGUUCGCCGAGUGUAUCGUGGAGGGAAGAUCAGACGGCCGACUGUGGUGUUCAACUGAGACAGAUUAUGACACGGACAAGAAAUGGGGCUUCUGUCCAACCAAAGGCGUGUCAGGGUGGGACAGUGAUCCAGUAAGUGGUGUUUUGUAUCAGAGGAACACACAGUCAGUAUUGACGUGGCAUCAAGCUCGAACCAGCUGCCGACAGCAAGAUGCAGAUCUUCUCAGUAUAUCAGAACUCCACGAGCAGUCUUAUAUAGCAGGUUUGACAGAUCACAUGGGUUCUGUUCUAUGGAUCGGACUGAACAGUCUUGACUUUGAGAGCGGCUGGCAAUGGAGUAAUGGAAACCCAUUCAGAUAUCUCAACUGGGCUCCUGGUCACCCGUCUCUGGAGCCGGGUCUGAACUGUGCUGCAUUAAACGCUGCUAAAGCCUCAAAGUGGGAAAGUUUGUCCUGCAGUAAGAAGUUGGGCUACAUCUGCCGCAAGGGCAAUUCAACAGAGAUCACACCUUCAACAGGUAAAGAUCAGCCGAACUUCUGUCCAGCGGCGUGGGUGCCGUACGCCGGUCACUGUUAUUAUCUGCAGCGCUCUCAGAAGAUGUGGAGCGACGCUUUGGCAGCGUGUCAUAAAGAAGGAUCAGAUCUGGCCAGCAUACACAACAUAGAGGAGCACAGUUUCAUCAUAUCUCAGAGUGGAUACUUGUCCAGUGAUGAGCUGUGGAUUGGUCUUAAUGAUCAGAAGAUUCAGAAUCUGUUUGAGUGGUCAGAUAGAAAACACGUCACCUUCACCAGAUGGAUUGUCGGAGAACCUUCACACAUCACCAAUCGCGUGGAGGAUUGUGUGCUUAUGAAGGGAAAGGAGGGAAAGUGGGCAGAUGAAGCGUGUGAAACAGCUCAUGGUUACAUCUGUAAGAAGAAAGCUUCCAUUAAGCCUGAAGGAUCCACACACAUGAUCAGUCCUGGAUGUCCUGCUGGUUGGUUCAGGUUUGGCUAUUACUGUUAUAAUGUUGCCAUGGAAACCAAAACUUUUACUGAUGCCAAACUGACAUGUGAGCAGAGCGCAGCGAGUCUGGUUGAUGUUGCCAGCAGGUAUGAGAAUGCGUUUCUCAUCAGUCUGGUUGGUCUUCGGCCUGAGAAAUAUUUCUGGAUCGGUCUGUCUAACACUCAGCAGUUGGAGCUCUUCCAGAGGAGUGAUGGUGUUAAAGUCAAGUUUACACACUUUAAUGUCGGCAUGCCAGAUAGGCACCAGGGUUGUGUGGCGAUGUUAACAGGAUCUUCAGCAGGAUUAUGGGAUGUUCUGGCCUGUAACACUAAACAGAAAUACAUCUGUAAGAAAACGGCAGAAGGAAUCACUACAACCCCAGAGCCUCCAACCACACAACCUCCCAGCUGCCCAACAGACUGGAUUAAGAAAGAUCCACGCAACUGUGUUCGGCUUUAUAAACGGCAGACGGACGAAAAGAAGACUUGGUUUGAGGCUCGUGAUUUCUGUCAAGCCGUCGGUGGUGAUUUAGCGAGCUUCCACUCCGAAGAAGAAAUGAAAGUGUUACCGCAUUUGAGCACUGACCCGGCAUGGAUCGGCUUCACUUCACUGGACAGUAAUUCUGGUUUUGUGUGGUCAGAUCAAACUCCUUCCGAUUAUGAAAACUGGGGCUUCGGAGAACCAAACAACCACAAUGAUCAGGAACACUGUGCAGAAUCCGCCUCUUAUUUUGGACGCAGGUGGAAUGAUCGAGAUUGUGAAUCUUAUAACGACUGGAUCUGUCAGAUUCCAAUAGGAAUCACUCCCAAAUCUCCACCGACCACAGUAAUUCAAGAAUACAACAAGACUUCUGAUGGCUGGAUCGUGUUCAAUGGCAGUCAGUAUUUUAUUAAUAAUGAUCAGCUUCCUAUGGAAGAAGCUCGAGUGUUCUGUAAGAAGAAUCACGCUGAUCUUGCCGUCAUGACUGGUGAAACCGAGAGGAAGUUUUUAUGGAAGCAGAUAUCUAGAGGAUCAGAAGCUCAGUACUACAUCGGCAUGAUUGUAGAGUUGGACAAAUCAUUUAGUUGGGUGGACGGUUCACCUGUUGUUUACACUGCAUGGGAUCACAAUGAACCAAAUUUUGCCAACAAUGACGAGAACUGUGUGACCAUUUACAAAAGCAUGGGAUUCUGGAAUGAUAUCAACUGCGGCCUGUCAUUGUCCUCUAUCUGUAAAAGAAGUUCAGAUUUUGUCAACACCACCAUGUCUCCGUCUACUGUAGCGGCGGGCGGCUGUGCUCCGGAAUGGACGCGCUUCCGUGGAAAAUGUUAUAAGUUUUUUGAUAAUACGAUGACGUGGCAUAACGCGCGAGAUCACUGCAUUUCACAUGGAGGUAAUCUGGUGUCCAUUCAGAGUCACACGGAGCAAUCGUUUCUCACAACUCUGAUGCUCAGUUCUGCUGAUGACGUGUGGACCGGAUUGAAUGACGUCAAUUGGGAGAUGCACUUUAUGUGGACUGAUGGAAGAAGCGUCAGAUACACAAACUGGAUGAAAGGUCAUCCCGCGUCAUGGCCCCAGUCAAGACAUUACAAAAGGGAAACAAGUCUGCAAGACGUUAAUGUCGCCACUUGGGAGAGAUUUAUUGAACGUUCGUAUAUGUUUGAAGAACGGGUGUAUGACUGUGUUGUCAUGGCUAGAAGUCCAGAGAAGUUGACCGGUAUGUGGAAAGUUGAAGUGUGUAAAGAUGAGAGAGGUUUCAUCUGCAAGAGGAACACGGACUCUCAGCUGGCUGCUCCCGUGACCACAGCAGUGUCACAGAGAUUCUUCAGUCUGGGCAACGAUUCCUACAAGGUGCAGCAGGUGAAGAUGAGCUGGGAUGAAGCCAGAAGAGAGUGUAAAGCCGAUGAUGCUGAUCUUGCUAGUGUGCUGGACUCCAUCAGUCAGGCGUACAGCAGCCUCAGAGUCGACACCAUCAGAGAACCUUUGUGGAUCGGCCUCAACAGCAACCUGACAGGUGGACGGUAUCGCUGGGUGGAUAACUGGCUUCUAAGCUACAGUAAAUGGGCCGCAGGAGAACCCAGAAACAAUUUAGCUUGUGUUUAUAUCGACACGGAUGGCGACUGGAAAACUGCAGCGUGCAACAACACAUAUUAUUCCCUCUGCAAACGAUCCAAAGUUGUUGCCCCCACAGAUUCCCCUCAGCUGCCGGGUAACUGCCCCGAAUCAAAGAAGCGUAAAAGUUGGAUCCCGUUCAGAGGACACUGCUAUACAUUCAUGAGCUCUAUAAGAGAAAGCUGGGCUCAUGCCACAGUGGAAUGUAUGAGAAUGGGUGCAUCUUUAGUGAGUAUUGAGGACCCAAUAGAAUCACAGUUUAUCCGUCAGAACCUGGAGAUCCUUCAAGAUGAAGUCAGCUCAAUCUGGAUCGGAAUGCACCGCAGUCAUACGGGUGAAUGGAUGUGGAUUGAUAGUGCGGUUGUGGAUUACACAAACUGGAAACCGCGGAUGCCCAAUAACGCCGGUGACUGUGUGGAAGUUCAGUCAAUCACUGGAAUGUGGAGUAACAACAACUGUAAUAAUCGCAGAGCUUAUAUCUGCAAGACCGCUAAAGUCAUACCACCAACAGAGAAGCCGUCCGGGUCAGAGCGUCACGUAGAAGAGACGUCUCACGGCUCGGCUGGCAUCGCUAUAGGGGUCGUGUUGAUCAUCAUCGCUGUCGCAGGUGUUGCCGGCUUUCUGUUCUUUAAGAGAAUUCCCAGACGUGUGAUUGGACAGCGUGCAUUUGACAACAGACUCUAUAACAACUCUGAUCUGUCACGACCGCCUACAACUAUUGAUACUAAAGGACUUGUCGCCAACAUUGAACAAAAUGAACACGCUUAACGCAUAAACACACAUAUAUAGCUGUAAAUGUAGCCAGUUUAAAAUAAAGUUUGGCAACACGUCAGCAGGUCAGUCGGUUGAGUGUUGUGUAUCUGGAAUGAGAAUCAGAGAACCCGCCAUGUGCUUAUGAACUUGUAUCGGUUUUGUAAAGCUUGUUUUGUAUUGUAAAUGGUAUUUUAUGUUUUAUCGCUUAUAACAGCUACCAAUAAUUGAGUUUUACUGUUUUAUCUAGAACACUCCCAGUGACUGAAGAUUAUGGGAUGGUUAUAAUGUUUCUCAGAAACAAGCUCGCUGUCUUUCUCUGGUGGCGUUUUAGCACUUACGUUCAUUUAAAGCUUUUCUGAGUUAUAUGUUCAGUCGUUUAUUUGUAGCAGUAAACUGACAUUUUAAAUGAAAUACGUACAAGAUUUUCAACAGAAAAGAUGCAAAUGUUUCAUAAAAACUAGAAAAGUUUUCUGUAAAAGCGUUUUUCUAAUGAGCCUCUUGGUGGGAAUUGUGGUAAUGUGAAUUAAACAAGUGUUUGAGUAGAUGGGUCUCAAUGUCCAAGGUUUUUUUGUUGAGAAAGUCCAGGUAAACAUUUUAUUGACAUUUUACAGCCAGUAAACUAAUAAAAAUGAGACUUUGUUUUUUAAUCUC